AUGGACAGAAUGAAUACUCUCUCCCUCCUUCUCCUUUGCUUGACUUCGGUUGCUCUUAGCAACAAAGCCAAUAAACACAAGCCAUGGAUCGAGACGGAGUACCAGGGCAUCGUUAUGGAGAACGACAACACGGUCCUCCUGAACCCGCCCCUUUUCGCUCUGGAUAAAGACGCUCCUUUACACUAUGCAGGUGAGAUCUGUGGGUUCCGGGUUCAUAAUGGUGCAGCUGGUUCUGGUUCAGUCCAGUUUGAGGCAGUGGUUUUGGACCGGUCGACCGGUGAGGGUUUGGUUCGGUCCAAAGAGCCUCUGGACUGUGAGAGCCAGAGGGAACACAGUUUCACCAUCCAGGCCUAUGACUGUGGAGAGGGUCCAGAUGGAACCAACAGCAAGAAAUCACACAAAGCAACAGUUCAUGUGCGCGUGAAUGACGUGAACGAGUUCUCUCCGGUGUUCGUGGAGCGGCGCUAUGAGGCGUCGGUACCUGAGGGUCGUCUCUUUGACCGUGUCGUCCGGGUCGAGGCGCUGGACGCAGACUGCUCUCCUCAGUACAGCCAGAUCUGCUUCUACGACAUCAUCACCCCUAAUGUACCCUUCGCUAUCGACAAUGACGGUAACAUAAAGAACACGGAGCCUCUGGACUCCAAGCGUCAGCGUGUUCACAGCUUUUGGGUCACCGCCUUUGACUGUGGGAAGAACCGUGCCCAGGCCGACGCCCAGGUCAUCGUCACGGUCAAACCGUCCUGCAAGCCCGGCUGGAUCGGCUGGUCCAAACGGGUCGAGUACACCCCUGGUUCCGGAAGCAUCCCCCUGUUUCCAAACCUGCAUCUGGAGACGUGUGAGGAGACUGUGUGGAACAUCCAGGCCACCGUAGAGCUUCAGACAGGCCACAUCGGGAAAGGCUGUGACAGGGACAGCUACUCCGACCGCUCCGUCCGCAGACUGUGUGGUGCUGUACGAGGUGAGGUGGACCUGCUCCCACCCCCCUCGCCGGCAGCCAAUUGGACGGCUGCCCUACCAACCCUCCCGUCCUCUGAUUCGUCGCUCGUGUUCUCCUUCAAUGGCUCCACUCAUGUUGCCGUGGUACCAGAUUCUGUAGCUUCUAUGGUUCCCGGAGACCACUUCACCCUCCAACUGUGGAUGAGAAGGGGAGGGGCUAACGCACAGCCACCGGCCAAUCAGGCAAGAGGAGUCCGUAAGGAGGAGGAGACUAUUGUCUGCAGCACGGUCAAGAAUGACGACUCGUUCUCUCACUACACCCUGUCAGUCCACGGUUGCCGUCUGUCUCUGUUCUACUGGCCUGACGUGUCAGCUGCCCGACCAGUCAAGUUCCUCUGGAAACUUGAACAGGUUUGUGACAGUGAAUGGCAUCAUCUCUCCCUCAGCGUCCAGUUUCCCUCUGUCACUCUCUAUGUCGACGGUGUGACCUUUGACCCCGCCUUGAUCCAUGACAACGGAGCCCUGCCAAACCCAGCCCCGCGGCAGCGGAUGGUCAUCGGGGCGUGCUGGGACCCAGAGGAGAAACAGAAAGACAUUAAAAACAACACAAUCCCUGAGGGCAAGGACACGGUGAGAUAUGUGGGUGGUUUCCGGGGUCUGUUGUCGGGGGUAACGGUCCGUCCAGGCAGUGUGGAGCCUCACAGUGUGGUGGAGUGUCUGUACGCCUGCAGGGAGGGGCUGGACUUCGGAGACCUGGAGACCCUUGGAUCAGGCAUGAAGGUCCAUGUAAACCCCAGUCAGUCAGUGCUGGUGUUGGAGGGUGACGACAUUGACAGUUUUAAUCGCGCCGUUCAGCAGGUGACCUACAGGAACUCUCUCCGAUUCGCCACGCCCGGAGUCCGCCCCCUCAAACUGUCCACCUCCCUCAGGUGUUUCAGUGAGGAGAGCUGUCUGUCUCUGAAGCAGUUGGAGGGGUACCUGGUGGUCUUGCAGCCCGAUGCUCCACAGAUCUCUCUGUCGGGGGUCGGACCCCAUCUGGCCCGCCCGGCACCGGAGUUCGAGAGUCCACAUGGUGUCCCGCUUUUUCCAGAACUCCGAAUCGUCUGUUCCCUCUCUCACGCCGUCAACACGGCCACGCAGGGAAUGGAGGGAGGAGCCCUGAUGUCUGAUGCUGUAGCCCAUACUCUGGAUGGUUGUGAGGUCCAGCCCCUGGGGGAGGAGCUUAACCCAGAGAAGGAGGAGCUUCUGGUCGACAUGGACUCACUAAGGGAGAGAGGCCUGGACAUCAUCAACACCACAGCCUACAUCGCCAUCACAGGGGCGGAGUCUAUCUCCGUGUAUGAGGAUGUGUUGCGUUCUAUUCGUUAUCGGCUGGCCAGAGGCUCCGCCCGCUUUGAGAGACGGUUCCGUCUGUCCUGCUCAGAGAUGAAUGGACGGUAUACCAGCAAUGAGCUCACACUGGAGGUGAAUUUCCUACACUCUCUGGACAGUCUCUAUCAUCCAUCUCAUCUCCUGGCCUCUCAGCAACAGUUUCUCCAUCCGUCACACCACGCCGCCGGAGAACUCAGCGGACACACUCUCCCCAACCCGCACCGCAACUCAGUUGUUCCGGGUGCUGCCACUGUCAUCAUUAUGGUGUGUGUGGGAUUCCUGGUCGUCAUGGUGAUCCUGGGUGUGUUCCGUAUCCGGUCCAUUCAUCGCCGUGCCGACGGUGCAAGGGGCGGGGCCAAAGAUGGCAGCAACCAAUGGGAUGAUUCUGCCCUCACAAUCAUCGUGAAUCCAAUGGAGUCGUAUGAGUCGCAGAUGGGCGUGGUCGCUGACACCGAGGGAGAGGAUGAGGACGAGGAGGAGGAAGUGGCGGACUCGCCCGACGACUCCAGCGACGACCAGCAAAUCAUCAUCAAAAAAGAGGGGAGAGACUCCGCCCCCCGGCGCUACUGA